GUUUUGGUAUUGAAAGAAGACUUGGAAAAUAAAUGUAGCCAUGGUUUUAACUUUCAGAAAGACACAGUAGCGUCAGAAUUGAAGGACUUAACCUCUCGACUUUCGAUCAGUCAAUGCCGGCCACUACAAUUCAAGAUUUCAGGAUUUUCGUGGGAUCAUGGAAUGUUGGAGGGAGGGCUCCUAACCCGGGACUCAAUCUCGAGGAUUUCUUGCAAGUCGAGGGUUCUGCUGACAUUUACGUGUUAGGGUUUCAGGAAAUUGUUCCGUUGAGCGCGGGAAACGUGCUGGUGAGCGAAGACAACGAGCCGGCGGCGAGAUGGCUGGCGGUGAUAAGCCACGCGCUGAACAAGGCGUACCAUGAAUCCGUGGCGGAACAUAACAACUCUAAUUCUCCGAGUUCCUCAAAGCAGUCCAAGGACGGCGGCGGCAAGUCCAACGUGUUUAACAAGCCAUCUCUGAAGCUUCUGAAAAGCAAUCUGAAGGCCAACAGCGCUCUGGUGAAGGCCUGCAACUGCCAUCUCGACUCCCCCAGCCGCCUAAGAAAACUGAGCGAUCACUCAUCUUCCCCACGCGCCGCCGCCAAUCCUAAUUCUCGCGACUCCUCCGGCGGCAGCGGCGACAUAGUAGAUCUCCUCUCCAUCCCAGAAAUUCCCGAGUAUAACAAGCUCAACUACAACAUCAUUGCCAGCAAGCAGAUGGUGGGGCUUUUCCUCUCAAUCUGGGCCCGGAAAGACCUGGUCCCUCAUAUCGGCCACCUCAGAGUCUGCUCUGUCGGAAGGGGAAUCAUGGGCUGCCUAGGCAACAAGGGUUGCAUAUCAAUAAGCAUGUCGGUGCACAAAACAACCUUUUGCUUUGUAUGCAGCCAUCUAGCUUCCGGCGAGAAGGAAGGUGACGAGCUAAGAAGAAACGCCGACGUGGCCGAGAUUCUAAAGAGCGUUCAGUUCCCCAGGAUUUGCAAGAAUACAGAUCGCCAUUCCCCAGAAAGAAUUACAGAUCACGACCGCAUGUUAUGGCUGGGGGACUUGAAUUACCGGUUGUCUCUGAGCUACGAGGAAACCAGACAGCGGUUAGAAGACAAUGACUGGGACUCUCUUCUCCAAAAAGAUCAGCUGAACAUGGAGAGAGCAGCGGGUCGAGUAUUCAGUGAAUGGAACGAAGGGAAAAUCCUCUUUGCUCCCACCUAUAAGUACACUCAUAAUUCUGAUUCCUACGCGGGCGAAACCGGAAAGUCCAAGAAGAAACGCCGAACUCCUGCUUGGUGUGACAGAAUAUUAUGGCGUGGUAACUGCAUAGAACAGUUGUCUUAUAUAAGGGGAGAGUCGAGGCUGUCGGAUCACAGACCAGUUUGUGCUGUAUUUUCCGUGGGGAUAGAGAUGGCCAACAAAUGUAUAAAAUUUCGAAAGGGUUUUUCAUGCACCGGUGCCACUUUGGAGUAUCAUAAUAUGAUGCCCCAAAGACACAACACCUUCAAUGAGCUUUAACACCUCCUCAUCUUGUACCAUAUACUAAUUACAUUUAUAUAUUUCUUUGGUCCUUGAUGAGCCAA